AUGCCAGGAAAGACCCCCAAUAGCAACGGCAACAAGCCUACCCAGAACGGCUACAGGAGUACCAAAGAUGUCGACAUGAAGGAUGCAAAGUCCAAGAACAAGAAGGGCGCCAAGGACGGCGACGAGGAGAUGACGGUUGUGGUCCCCCCUUCCAAGGGCACCAAGCAGUCCUCGACUCUGCCACCGCCGGAUGCUGAUGGUGAUGUCGCUAUGGGUGACGAAGAGAACGCCGACGACGCCGCCGUCAAGGUUGACCCUGUCGUCCAAGCCGUGGCAGACAUCAAGAGCAACUUUGCGCUGCUCGACCGUGCCGUUGCACUGUUCGAUGCCCGAUUCUCCCUCCGAGCGCUGAGGUCAAUCUCGACUAUCCGUAAACGCCUGACCCCAGACGUCAUCGCCCAAGCAAUUGUCGAAACCUUUCCCGCGACCGUCACAUCUGGUAACGCAGCUAAACAGCUCCUUAUUGCCAUUGGUCGAGAGAGUCUGCCACUGGGCCAGUCUUCUGCUUCGGAGAUGGAGGUCGACAGUGAUGUCUCAAAGGCCGCCACCAAGAACGGCUCCAAGAAGGAAGUCAAGGAGAUCAUUCCCGAGGUGGACCUUUUCCUCGGUAUUCUGAUCCAGGUCCAUCUCUUCGACACGAAGCAGUUCCAGCGUGGUGCCGAUUUCUCAAAGUACCUCUCGGAUCGGAUCCAAUCCCUCAACCGCCGCACACUGGAUUCGCUGUCUGCCAAGGUCUAUUUCUAUUAUUCGCUUUUCUGCGAGCACCUCAACCCCCAGCCGCCUUCUCCCCAGUCCCCCGUCGUUGCCAUCCGCCCAACGCUCCUCGCUGCCCUGCGUACUGCAGUGCUGCGCAAGGACAUUGACACACAGGCGUCGGUCAUUGUUCUGCUGCUGCGCAACUAUCUCUUGACGUCUCACAUUUCUCAAGCUGAUCUGCUCGUCUCUCACACCCAGUUCCCGGAGAACGCCGUCAACAAUCAGGUUGCCCGCUUCCUGUACUAUCUUGGGCGCAUCCGCGCGGUCCAGCUACGCUACACCGAGGCACACGAGCAUCUCACUGCCGCGACGAGGAAGGCGCCAUCGAGUGCCUGCGCGGCAGGCUUUUCAGCCACCGCUACGAAGCUUCUUUUGGUUGUGGAGCUGCUGAUGGGUGAUAUCCCUGAGCGGUCAACUUUCCGUCAGCCUACUCUGGAGCUAGCGCUGCACCCGUACUUCCUGCUGGUGCAGGCUGUGCGCGUCGGUAACCUCGAAGACUUUGAGACCAUUAUCGCAGACCACGCCGAUGUCUUCCGACGGGACGGCACUUACACCCUGAUCCUUCGUUUGAGGCAAAACGUGAUCAAGACGGGCAUUCGCAUGAUGUCUCUGUCUUACUCCCGAAUUUCGCUGCGGGACAUCUGCAUCCGCCUCCACCUCGGAAGCGAGGAGUCGGCUGAAUACAUUGUCGCCAAAGCCAUUCGCGAUGGUGUGAUCGAGGCUACCCUGGAUCGCGAGCACGGAUUUAUGAAGAGCAAGGAGAUUGGAGACGUCUAUGCUACGCGAGAGCCGGGCGAGGCUUUCCACGACCGAAUCCGUGCCUGUUUGGCUCUGCACGACGAGAGCGUCAAGGCCAUGCGCUUCCCCAUGAACCAGCAUCGCCUGGAGCUGAAGAAUGCCCAAGAGGCUCGCGAGCGUGAGAGGGAGAUGGCAAAGGAAAUCCAAGAGGGCGACCUUGACGAGGAUGACCUUGGCGGCGAGUUUGACGGCAUGUGA